GCCAUGGCGUACGGAGCCUACCAGGAAAGUUUAUAAAAUUUAAUAUACGCUGAAGAAAGAAGACGAACUGGACAUUAAAGAUGACAUCUAUUCAUUUCGUGGUCCACCCGCUACCGGGAACGGACGACCAAUUAAACGACAGCCUUCGUGAGGUAGCAGACAAGCUGAAUCGUCAUGGCUUCACAAGUCCCCCUGCCUUCUCCAGCCUGAGAAAUGUGUUUGUCUCACAGUGUGUGGUCGGCCCAGGCCAUGUGGCUCUCCUGCUUGAGGAUGGACGUGUGUGUCGCAUGGCCUUCUCCGUGCUCAAUGACAGACUGGACCUGAACAAGACAACAGAGACCAAAGUGAAAAUCCGAAAGUUGGAGAAGCUUGAGCAAGGGGCUGCAAGGAGUAACACACUGGUUGUGGAGAGCCCUCUGGUGUUGGUAUCUGAUGUUGUUGGGUCGGGAACAACACAGUCAACUGGGAGAUGGGGCGGCGCUGGAAGUACAACAACGACAUCACGGAGCAGCAGUCAGCAAGGCUACAGUCGCAUUCAGCGAGCGGUACAUGCCAGCCGGGGUCGAAGGUCAGGGGUCAUUGUUGGGACUCGACCUAUUGUCCCAGCGUCUGUGGUUCCGGAAGAGUUGAUUAAUCAGUGUCAGGUUGUCCUCCAAGGAAAGUCCAGAAACCUGAUCAUCCGAGAGCUUCAGAGAACUAACCUGGAUGUGAAUUUGGCUGUGAACAAUUUGCUGAGUCGUGAUGAUGAGGGGGAGGACAAUGAUGAGGACAGCCAAGACUCUUACAUUAACGGGGGAGAUGACCUGAUGUCGUUGUUGGACAGUGGAAUGCAUUCGGAUCACCCCAGUGUGAUCAUUGAUGCCGACACCAUGUUCGGGGAGGACAUGUUUGGUUACUCCUCACUCAGAGGUCGUGGAUCUGGGUCAAGGUCACGGACAGGAGAAAGGGAUCGAGAAGCUGACAGGGAGCGUGUCCACGAGUCGAUUUUCCGAAUCCGGGAUCGCAGAAGACUUGACAGCGUCCUGAGGGACGACACCUUACGUUCACUAGAGAGAGAAACAAAGGGGGACAACCCCAGCUCAGAAAACACAAAGAAAGGUCAUCAGCAGACGCCCAGUCCUUUGGUGUUUGGGGAUGAAUUACAGUAUUGGCUGGAAAGGGAUGGCUCUUAUGGACGAUUCACACAUAUUGGGACCAUGCACUCUGACCUGGUUGCUGUUGGAACUAAUGGUCAGCUGUAUAGCUGGAGAUGGGCUGAUGUAGAACCAUAUCACAAUGCAGAGAACCCAUCUGCCCAUCACCCUAAAACUACCCAACUGGGAUUGGGAGGUGAGAAAAUUGUGGGUCUGUCUUCGUGCGCUGUGCGUGCAUCUGUCUUCACAGAGUCUGGCAAGGUUGCCACUUGGGUGGAUGAUGCCUUGAACAUUGUAGCGUCCAAACUUGAACACUCGGCACAGAGUUUCUCUGAGUUCCAGUCAGAACGCAUACUCUCCCUGCACGUGUGCUCACUGUUCACCUGUGCGCGCUUGGAAAGUGGCGCCCUCUACUGGUGGGGAGUGAUGCCGUUUGGACAAAGGAAGAAGCUCCUCGAGAAAAGUCGCUGUAAGAAGAAGAAAGGGAAGGAGAGUGGUUCCCAUGGCGACAUCACCGCAGGAACUGUCGUAUGUCUCCGCAGCAGUCCCAUGUAUCAUGCAGGUGCGCUGGGCUUUACCAUCGUUAAUGGCGUACCUAAGGUGGGUCAGCUCCUCACCUCCGCCUGGUCGCUGAACGACAAUUGCACCUUCAAACUGAAGACUUCUGCUGUGGAACCCAAAUCUGAGCCAAAAACGGAAUCAAAAAGCACAGAGAGUAAACCCGACAUGCCGCCUCCCCCCUCGCCGGCCUCCUCUACCUGCAGCGACCACAGUGGCCAUUCCAUUAUGAGUCCUGCUUCUCUCAAGCGUAAGAAAUCUACGACGCCAAUCAAAGAUCUGGUGGAGAAGACAGAUGAAGAGAACUGGCCUCUGAAGGAUGUGGUGUUUGUGGAGGAUAUCAAAACUAUGCCCGUGGGAAAAGUUCUCAAGGUGGAUGGAGCUUACGCGGCUGUUAAAUUUCAACCUAAGGAAGUAGAGGCCACGCCCACAGCAGGCGCGUCUUCAGCACCCACUCUUUCUGGCAAAGACGACCCUGCCUACCUGUUACAGGAGUGCCGACUUUUACGCAAAGACGAGCUGCUGGUUGUCAAGGGCACCAGUGCACCAAGAGUACCUGAUUGUUUCCAGAAGAGUCCAAAGAAAGUUCCCCUGGCUGAGGGUGGACAGAUACAGGCUGUGUCUGUGGAUUGUGAAGGUAUCCAUGUGUUGAUACGGUCAGGCAGUAAACUGUCGUACAUGAUGCACAAUCUGAGUACAGGAAAAGUAGAGCAGGACAGUACGUUCCCCACCCACACCCACGCCUUCCUGGGGCAGAGCGACCAUAACAUCGCCCUCUACAACUGUAGCUCCGAUCAGGAGUCUCCUGUACUGCUCAGAGAUGGUAAUUGUUCGAUCUACCCACUGGCCAAGGACUGUGUGACAGGGAUCCGUGACCCGUUGUGGCUAGACCUUCCCCCAGUCCAGUGUCUCAGUGUGGGCAUCCACUCCCUCGUCACCAUCGGCUCCAACAUGAAGAACAAGGCUGCUGUCAUACUCAUGGCUGUAGAGCACCAGAAUUUAAUGCCACACAUUUUACGGUGUGACCUGGAAAGGGUUACCUCCCUUUUGAGUUCCAUCGAUGUAGACCCCAGCUCAGCCUCAUCACAGACGAUGGUAGAGAACAUCCUGAAGGAGCGGUGUGAUGGGGCUCGGAAUAUCCUCCACGCCUGCGCAGCCACCUGUGUCCCCAUGUCCAAUAAAGAAACAGAGACAGAUGACACCUCCAACACACCUGUGACAACCAGUAGUUUCAGCUCCACACUGGAUGCCAUAAAUGCGGUCAGCAGUGCUGUGGAUGCGCUGGCCUCUAUCCACGGGCGGAACUCUGACCCAUCGUCUAGAGGCGUGAGUCUGCGGGAGAUGAUGCAGCGUGCAACAUCAGCCGCUUGUGCUGUUUCCGGACUUGACGGUCGGGAAUCGGACAGGGAGGAUUCUGGGAUAGCAAUCCCCACACUCAACUGGCCCCCUGACCCACCCAGAUACGAAUCUCUCAAGUCAGAGGGUGAAGGCCAGCCAACGCCCCGUCCUGCCCCCGCCAUGUCGUCCGCGGGCCCUAGUACCCUGCCUGACCACAGCACAUUCUCCAUGCCCCCGGUCAAGCUAGAAGAGAAGGAGCGACGGAGUAAUGCUGUCCAGAUCCUCAAGCUGCUGUGUGAGUCUGCAGCGUUGAAAUCUCACUUGCUUGAGUUACUCUCAGCCAGAAAUGCAGAGGGCUGCACCCCAUUCAUGCAGGCCGUGUGUGGACGUGCAUACAAUGCUGGGCUCACCAUUUUUGAGGCGGCUAAAAAACUGGCCACGAAAAAGGGAAACGAAGUGGAUAAGGUGGUGUUCAUGAGUAUGAUUUAUCCACCUGGCUCUACGCUGGAUAACUCCCCCCUCCACAUGAUCUGUUGUAACGACACCUGUAGUUUUACCUGGACAGGUGCAGACCAUAUCAACCAGGACAUCUUUGAGUGUAGGACGUGCGGUUUGUUAGGGACGCUGUGCUGCUGUACGGAGUGUGCUCGAGUCUGCCACAAGGGACACGACUGCAAACUGAAGAGGACUUCACCGACAGCGUACUGCGACUGCUGGGAAAAGUGCAAGUGUAAAGCUCUGAUUGCAGGGAAGCAGGGGGCGAGGUUUGAGCUGCUCAGUCAGAUCCUCACUGAGACGGGGCUUGUCACUCUCCCCAACAGCAGGGGAGAGAAUGUAUUGUUAUUCCUGGUUCAGACUGUGGGGCGACAGGUCUCCGAGCAGCGUCAGUAUCGCCCGCCAAGGUCUCGUCUCUCAGCACCUAGGAAAACUCCAGUUUCUGAUCUAGUGGAUGUAGAAAUGCCAGAACACAAUCUCGAGCCUCCGCGGUUUAGUCGUCGCGCAUUGGAGAGGAUCCUUAAUGACUGGACGGCGGUCAAGGCCAUGAUUCUGAGUGGUACAAAACACAAACAGGCCAGCCCUGAUGUGGUUUAUGAGGACCAGUUGUACCUGGAUAAUCAGAGCGGCACGGCCAGGCUGGACAAGUUUGCUCACUGCCUUCUCUUCAAAUGCAGCGUAGAGAUGAUGGAUACGCUGCUCACCACGCUGAUCAGAGAAAUGCAGAGCGAUGUCCCCGGACGGCAGGAAGAAGCCAAGAUGGUCUCCCGUCGAUUUGUGCGUUCUGUUGCCCGGAUCUUUGUUGUGGUUAGCGUCGAGAUGCAACCAAUCGCUGGCAAGAAAACGAGCAGUGUCCCCUUGUGCCCCCCGAUUACCAAACCCAAGAGGGUGUUCCAGGCUUUGAUCAACAUCGCCAUCGAGGAGCUGUGCCAGAUUGCCAAUGCCCUCAUCGCACCCGUCCGCAUGGGAGUCGUCCGCCCUACAGCUCCUUUCUCACUGGUCUCCAUCAGCUCAGAAGCUGUUCAGGGUAGUGAGGAGUUAUUCAGUGCAGACCCGCUGCCUCCCCGGCCAUCCUCUGAGGUAUCCGCGGUAACGCCUGAUGUGGUGUAUGUGCCUCCGGUUAUCUCCCACAGAGAUGUGUCUCAAUCAGAGCCUGUGGAGACAGCCCGGGACGAGGAAGAGAUUAUCACAGCAGAUGUGGAAGAGGUGGAAAUGGUGGAGGCUGAAGGCGUUGAUGAUGACCCGAUGGAUCAACAUUCAGAUCACGACGACCACCAGUCGGAACACUCUGAUCAGGAACCUCCGCCACAGGAGCAGGACGAGGCAGCCGCAGAAAGCGAUAUGGACCUGGAUUUGCUUGCAGAAUCUGAAAGUGACAGUGAAAGUAGCCACAGCCAGUACGCUAACCUACCCCGUACAACAAACACACAGCCCACAACAGCUUCAGAGGCUGGUAUGGGCAGCCUGGCAUACUUUUCUGAGGAUUCCGGUGAAUCAUCCAAUCAGGAAGAAGACGAGGAGGACACUGAUGGGGGCGACAGCGAAGGUCGAGAAAACAUGUCGUUCCUGCUUGAGCAGUAUGAACGUCACAGCAAUACAGGUUCACAGGGUCAGAGGUCACUGCAGGCGCCGCAGACCAUGCAGUGGGCCAUCCGUCAGCGAGAGCAGACAAAUCCGCGUACACAGACGACGAGUGGAACCACAAGCGCAUCGGGUCUAUACUCCAAUCCUCGGACACAGGCCGCCAGCACAUCACGUACAAAUGCAGCCAACAGUACAGGCAGUGGACUGAUCUACAUUGACCCCCUGACUCACAGGCGCACCGCUCUUGUCAGUUCCACGAAUCAGGAGAAUGCUAUCACCAUGGCGACCACAGCCAGCCAGCUGGCACGUGCCUCGAGCAUCGUGAUGCGGCAGAUCGCAGACCUGAUGAGCAUGACACAUGAGUAUCACGUGCUGGCACCAGGAUUGCCACGUCUGCUGGAGAUAACAGAACAGGACACGGCUGAGUUAAAGAACUACUUGGAAACAAACCUGAAGCCAGUGUGGGAGUGGCUUUUAACAGUCAUGGACUCAACGGAAGCCCAGCUACGGUUUGGCUCCGCCCUUAGUAACACCACAGAUCAAGCCAAUCCCAUCCAUCCCAUGCACUCCAACUAUGUACGGAAUCUGAGAGAGAGGAACAAUCGUGAGGAACAACAGCAGCAGCCAGCUCCGACGAGAAACCCUCCCCCUACAACGACGACGACAAACGCUCUACAAGUGCUAGAAUCUAGACGGAGGACCCGAUUUGGAGCAAUUGCCAGCACAGAUGGGAACUCGGCCAGAAGGGAUUUCCUCACCUACGCCCUCUCUUUAAUGAGAUCUCAUAAUGACGAACAUUCUGACAGUCUGCCGGUGAUUGACAUCUCGGCGCUGCGUCAUGUAGCGUACGUGUUUGACGCCCUGAUUUAUUGUCUACGGAGCGGGCCAGAAAGUGCGGAUCCUGAAAGCUUACAGGAUGGCCUCUCCAUACGAUCCUGGCAGGACCAUGAGGAAAAUGAGAACGAAGAGCAUGAUGAGGACCCUGUGACCAAUAGCGUUUCCAUGGAGACGGACAGCAUGGAUGGUGAAGCGGACGUCCCUAGUAAGGCUGGGCACAAGCACGCCUUCUUUCAGCGUUCAGACUCAACCACAUUCUUAGGAUGCCCUCCUCCCGACCCAUUUUCUACGCCACUGGUUGAGGCGCUCCCCUUGGCUGAUCAGCCACACCUCCUCCAGCCCAAUUCCCGCAGAGAAGACCUGUUUGGGAUGCCAAGGCAAACGUUCAUGACCGGGAAAUCAGAAGAAACGACUUCUUAUGGUACACCUACCCUGACAGGCCCCGCUUUAGAAUUACCCAUGUGUCUAGCACUAGCAGGUAGAAAUCCAACUAAACUUACCACACAGAAACUGCUAAACAAAGACAAUUAUAAUCCAAUUUCAACUGGUACAAACGUUACAGAUGGCCCAGGGGAGACGAGCGUGAUUGUUCGUCCCUCUGCACCUUCGGUGCCAUCUACCAGCCAAUCAAAUCCCCCAACCCAGCCUCCUGUUGAAGGGGGCGACAGUGGUGUGUCACAGCAGAAACCACUUGAAGAUCAGCAGAUGAAUUCCACAAAUGUGUCGCAGCAAAGUGUGAUUGUUCACGCUAGUACAAGUGCCGCAUCAUCGUUGUCAACGCCAAGCAGUGUUCAGGAACCACUGGUUCCAGUGGCUAUGCUAACCAGCAGUGCACCUUCCCAGCAGGCUUUGCCUGGUAACUCUAACACAGGAAAUGAACCUGGCCAUCCACCUAGUGGUGAUGCUCAGCUCCAGGAGCAGACGACUGAGAAAUCAUCUACAGAUGCUGCUCCAGGACCAAGCAGUGAUAGCAUACUUCAACAAAAUGAAGGCCAAGUUGACCUUGUUGGAGCCAAUGAAAACGUUUCUACGACUGUCGUCGUGGAAACGACCCAGACAGGAUCAACCAAUGAGAAUGCUUCUGGGACUGUUGCAGAGACAAACCAACUUGGAUCAGGAAUUGGGAGAAGUUAUUUUGCCAACAUGUCACAUGACUUGUUGCUGGGACGAUGGAGGUUGACCCUUGACCUCUUGGUCGUAUUUUCUGUGAUGACGUCGGUGCAGAGGCGGGAUCCAUCAUUAGUGAACUGGGCGGAUUCCCUGUCAAGGAAAGCAAGUUCAGACGGGAGAUGGAGAAAAUCAGAAAUUCUCAGCAGAGGGACUUAACUCUGGAGGUUGAAAGGGACCGUAGCUCACUGGUUACCCAGACAUUCAAGCAGUUGAACACCCAGUACAACGCCGCACGAACACAACAGGUCCACCUCUCGCUGUUCACCGUGUCAAGGUGUCGUUCAAGGAUGAGCCAGGUGAAG